AUGCUUUUUUUGCAAAACAAAUUCGUUGUUAAUAUAAUUCGUCUUUAUUAUACAUUAUAUUGCAUUUUUCUGCUGAUUUUGGGUUUCUCAUUUAAAGGGUGGAAAAGUUUUCAAAGAUUUAUCAGGAAAAAACCAAAAUGUUUAGAAGGAUGGAAUAGCGGAUAUUUGAAAUUGAAGGUGAGUUAUUUUCAAAAAAAGAGAAAAAUUGCGAAUUUUUUGAAGGAAGUACGAUUACAUUAUGUUCAAACUGGAUCAGAUGAUAAACCUCUUCUUUUAUUUAUUCACGGAUUUCCAGAAUUCUGGUAUUCUUGGCGAUUUCAAUUGGAAGAAUUUAAAAAUGAAUACAGGUAUUUUCAGAAUAGAAAAAAGGGUUACAAUUUUUUGAAAAUCUGAAUCAGAAUUCUCAAAUGGUCCUCUUGGAACAUGUAAAAUUUUUAAGCACAAAUUUGGAAUUUAUCUUGAAAAAUCGAAUUUUCAGAUGUGUUGCGAUUGAUCAAAGAGGAUAUAAUUUAUCAGAUAAACCAGAAGGAAAAGAGUUUUAUACAAUUGAUCAUUUGGUAAAUGAUGUGAAAGAAUCGAUUGAAUUAUUAGGUUAGCCUAAUUCUAAUUCUAAAUCGAAUUGUAAAACCAAAUUUCUAGGAUAUUCAUCUGCUAUAAUAGUUUCACAUGAUUGGGGUGGUUGUGUUGGUUGGAAAUUCGCCGAAAAAUACCCGGAAAUGUGCGAGAAACUUGUUUUUAUGAAUAUCCCGAGACCAAAUGUUUUGUUGAAUUAUAUUCAAUCAAAUUGGAUUCAAUUCAGAAAAAGUUGGUAUAUGUUUUUCUAUCAAACGGAAAAGUUUCCCGAAAUGGCUUGGACUUUUGAUGAUAUGAAUAAUUUGAAAUUGUGUUUUCGAUCGAAUCAAAUGGGUUUGAGAAAUAAGAAGAAUUUUACGGAUGAAGAUUUGGAAGCUUGGAAAUAUGUAUUCUCUUCAAAUGGAGGUAAUUUUAGUAGCUAGCUUGUGAAUAGAAAAUCAAAGUGACAAGUUUCAGCAAGUUUCAAAUAUCCAAUAAAUUACUACCGUAAUCUUUUCUCCGAUGUCAAAGCAUUCGAUAAAGAAAUAUCACUUGAAAUGCCAAUCUUAAUUAUUUGGGGAGACAAUGAUGGAGCACUUGAAUCAAAUAUGGCUAAAAUCAGUUUGAAGGUAAUUUUAAAAUGUUACAGUAAGACUAUAUGAAUUUCAGAAUUUGAAAAAUGGUCGCCUGGAAUUCAUCGCUGGUGCUUCACAUUGGGUUCAACAAGAUGAACCAGAAAAAUGUAACAAUUUGAUGAGAGAAUUUUUCGCUGAGAAAUAA